GCGAGCGUCCUCCCCGCCCCCCUUGCUGCGUUUGUAGCUGCCGUGAAAGGACGAAACAAGCGGUCAGACAACAGCAUUUCUACAGUAAACGCCUGGUUAAAUAUGCUUUAAAAACAGAAACCUACGCGACGCGACUUUGCUACACCACUAAAGCUUUCCACCAGUGUACCUCCUCGACCAGUGAGUAACCACCAUGUUGUCCAGGUUCAAGACAACCAUGUCCCUGAGGCCCUGUGUCUCUCUGUACAGAUGGGCACACACCAAAGAGAAGGGCAAGCCCCUCAUGCUCAACCCUCGCACCAAUAAGGGCAUGGCCUUCUCUCUAUCAGAGCGACAGGUUUUGGGGAUACAUGGUCUGUUGCCUCCCAAAGUGGAGACUCAGGACCUUCAGGCAAUGCGCUUUCAGAAUAAUCUCAAGAAGAUGACUGAUCCCUUACAGAAGUACAUCUAUUUGAUGGGCAUCCAGGAACGGAAUGAGAGGCUUUUCUACAGGGUUUUGAUGGAAGACAUAGAAGAAUUGAUGCCGAUUGUCUACACUCCCACUGUAGGCCUGGCCUGCACACACUAUGGGCACAUCUUUAGAAGACCCAAAGGCUUGUUCAUCUCUAUUCUGGACAAGGGCCACAUUCGGUCCAUCCUGGACAACUGGCCCGAGACUAAUGUUGCAGCAGUAGUAGUAACGGAUGGGGAGCGUAUUUUGGGAUUAGGGGACCUGGGUGUAUACGGAAUGGGCAUCCCUGUUGGGAAACUUUGCCUGUAUACUGCCUGUGCUGGGAUUAGACCUGAGAAGUGUCUGCCUGUGGCAAUCGAUGUUGGCACAAACAACGAGACUCUGCUGAAGGAUCCGCUGUACAUGGGCCUGUACCAGGAGCGAGAUCGCUCUCAGGCUUACGAUGAUCUGAUUGAUGAGUUCAUGGAGGCUGUGGUGGACAAGUACGGGCAGGACACACUCAUCCAAUUUGAGGACUUUGGGAACCACAACGCCUUCCGCUUCCUGAGGAAGUACAGGGAGAAGUACUGCACCUUCAAUGACGAUAUCCAAGGCACUGCUGCUGUAGCCCUGGCUGGUCUGUUGGCAGCUCAGAGAGCCAUCGGCAAACCAAUUACUGAACACCGGGUGCUUUUCCUGGGAGCUGGAGAGGCUGCCCUUGGUAUUGCCAAUCUGAUCGUCAUGGCGAUGAUCGAGAAAGGGAUGACCCAAGCUGAAGCCAGAAAAAAGAUCUGGCUUUAUGAUAAAGAUGGCUUACUAGUAAAGGGCAGAUUGCAGGAAACUGACUCUAACCAGGAGGCAUUUGUUCAUGAUAGUCCAGGGAAUGUACAGACCUUCCUAGAUGCGGUAAACACCAUAAAACCCACAGCUAUCAUUGGUGUGUCAGGGGCUGGCCGUCUGUUCACCAAUGAUGUCAUAAAGUCCAUGGGAACCUUGAAUGAGAGGCCAGUUAUCUUUGCCCUGAGUAAUCCAACCAAUAAAGCAGAGUGCACAGCAGAGGACGCCUACACACUCACUGACGGUAGAUGUCUUUUUGCCAGUGGCAGUCCAUUUGGCCCAGUGACUCUGAAGGAUGGCCGCGUCUACACUCCUGGACAAGGGAACAACGCUUACAUCUUCCCUGGUGUGGCCUUGGCCGUGGUCCUGAGUGGAGUGAGACACAUCAGUGACACUGUGUUCUUGGAGGCUGCCAAGACCCUUGCAGAGCAGCUGACCGAUAAAGAGCUUAAAGAAGGUAGACUCUACCCUCCUCUCUCUAACAUCAGAGAGGUCUCUCUCCAGAUGGCUGUCAAGGUGGUGGAGUUUGUCUAUGCUAACGGGAUGGCAUUUCGCUACCCUGAGCCUAUGGACAAGGAAGCCUUUGUACGUGCAACUGUGUGGGACACAGAGUACGACUCCUUCGAGCCAGAUACCUACGACUGGCCAGGUGUCAACUUCCACCCCAAGAAGUAACUAGAAGUAGCCCGGACACUCCCUGUGCUCUUUGUUUUCCACUUACCUCUUACUCACAGACCGUUUGAGAUGAUCAUAGUUACCUUGGUGCAAACUUCAGCUUACAAAAAUCAAGCAGUUGAAGCCCUUUAUUUCUGCUAAGAAGUGUGAAAUGGUAAAGAGGAAAGUGGAAUUUGAAAGAGGACGUUUAAAGGGAACUGGACACUUUCACAUCCUGGCUCUCAAUCACAUUCAAACCAGCACCUAGAGGGUCACCUGGUGGUGGAGGAAGGCAGAGUGGUUAUCUGGUCAUUGUGUUUCAACUUUCAGAUACAGUUUAAUGAUCUAGAAUAAUACAGUUAAGACAAUACAUUUAAUGUAAUUGUCAUACCUUUUACUGAGCAGAAAACAAAAACUAUUUGAAUGAUUUGUUCUAUUAUAUUGCUUUGAGCAAUUCAACAAACGCGGCACGCUUUCGCUGCUCAUGGAAAACCAAGUGACUAUGAAUUUCUGUGUUUGUUAUCGUCUACAAUCUUUCUUUUUAGUCAUAACUAACCAGGAAAUAAGUUACCCUUUUGUUAGAAACAGCCAUAAAAACAACUCCAUUUUUAAAAAGUAGUCUUACUAAAUUUAAUGUAUUGAUGACCAUUAAUACACUCCUGAAUCUGGAGAGGUUCGCCUUACAGCUGAUCUGACCAUAUUCAGCAACCUAUAAAUUGGGAAACUUGAUGCACUUAAGUAUAUUAUGCAAUUCAGUCAUGAAGCAACUUUACGGAGGAGAGAAAUGGAGGGAAGAUCUUAAAACGGAAUAAGAAGGGAAUUUAAAUUAUAUCUAAACACUGAACAGAACAACAUCCACUCCAGCGUUUCCUUUGUUAGGAUAAAAUUGUAUUUAUUUUUCUGAAUUGUACUUGCAAGUGUAUUUAGAUGUGUUGCUCUUGUGCUGUAUAUUCAUUGGAAUGUUUUUGUGGCAGGAAUUCAUCCCUAGAAAAUCACCGUUUUGAUAACUGAUGUACAAAUAAAACAUGAAUAGUCAAAACAUAAAAAAUGAAAUUGCAGGUUAAACUGAUAAACAAUAUAUUUUAUUGUAUUUUGCGCACACUUUUGUAGAACCUGAGAUGUGAACCUGGACCCUAAUAAUAAUUAUAAAGCUUUCUUUAUUAUA